ACACCUUGCGACUAAAGGAGGGAGGCUGGGACUGCCGGAGUCAGACGCAGUUAUCCCGAGAAAAAGGAGCAGCUGUGGGGCAGGCGGAUGGUUGGUGGGAUGGCCCGUGCUUUCGACUGAUCGGAGGGAACUGAGGAGAAGUCCAUGGAGAAAUUCAAAGGUCCCACCACAGGAUUUACCAAGGCCACCUGUGGAUGGAGAGCCCUGCUUCUCCCGCAGCUGAAUAGGCAGUCCCUGUACGUGUACGGCAGCGAGGUGGCCGUGGAGCAGGAGUGCAAGCGCCAGCUGGAGAGCGGAGUCUUCGUCAUUCACCCCUUCAGCCCCAUGAGGAGUUACUACAUCAUGGUCAUGAUGGCCAUCACCUUCCUGAACCUGAUCGGGAUCCCCAUGGAGAUCGCCUUCCUGGACGGCGACAGCGGGCUGGCGUGGGAGAGCUUCAACGUGUUCUCGGACACGCUGUUUCUGCUGGACGUGGUCCUGAACUUCCGCAUGGGCAUCAUCACGGAGGACGCCGAGGAAGCUAUUCUGGACAUCAAAAAAAUCAGGGUCUGCUACCUGAGGACGUGGUUCAUCCCGGACGUCAUAGCAGCUUUCCCCAUUGGAUACAUCCUGCUGUUUGCGGACCUACACUACCACAACGACGACAACCCAUCCAAGGCCAACAAGAUGAUGAGAAUACUGAUGUUCGUGCGGAUCCUCAGCUUGAUCCGGCUGGCCCGAGUGUCCAGACUGGUCAGGUUCUUCAACGAAGUUGAGAAAGUGUCAAACGCAAACCUGGAGGUAGUUCGGCUCUUCUUCCGCAUCUUGUCUCUCUUCAUGAUGAUCUUUUUGCUGUGUCACUGGAACGGCUGCAUCCAGUACUUCGUCCCCAUGCUGGAGGAGUUUCCCACCGACUGCUGGGUUCGGAAGGAAAACUUGAUGAACUCCACAGUCAUCGUUAAAUACUCUUGGGGAGUUUUCAGAGCCCUCUCCCAGAUGAUUGCUCUCUCUUACGGAUCCAUGGACGCUCCAACAAACUACAUAGAGAUGUGGAUCGUCAUGGUCAGCAUGGUCUCUGGCUGCAUGAUGUACACCAUCCUCGUAGCCAACGCUACGACCAUGAUCGCCAACCUUGACCCAGCAGCCAAGGAAUACAAGAGCAAGAUGAGUCGCUUGGAGCACUACAUGGCCUUCAUGAAGCUUCCACCAGAGUUGCAGCUUCGCAUCAGCAACUACUACCAAGCUCGCUACGGAGGGAAAUGGUUCGACGAGAAAUACAUAAUGGACACGAUAUCAUCAUCACUCAAAGAGCAAGUCCUGAUGGUAAUGUGCAGCCAGCUGCUGAAGAAAGUACCGAUGUUUCAGAACAGAGAGGAGAACUUCAUCAACGACGUCCUCUUCAAGCUACAUUACGAGGUUUUUCAGGAGGGAGAUGUCAUCGUCCGACAGAACGUCCCGGGCGAUCGCAUGUUCUUCAUCGAUCACGGAGAGGCCGUGAUGGAGACCGAGUCAUAUGAGAGGGAGCUCUGCGACGGAGACUUUUUUGGAGAGACGUGCGUGCUGACCAAAGGCAAGCAUCUGGCCACGGUGAAGGCGCUGACCGACUGCCAGUGCUUCUCCUUGUCCUGGGACGACUUUCAGGAGGCGCUCCGGGGCUUCCCGGACAUCAAGAAGGACCUAGAAAAGAUGGUCCUCGUCAACGCCGACGGUGGAGUUGUAUAUGAUCUGUAUUUACCUCAACGUCGCGGCAAGACGGGAGAUCCAAGGAUACUUACCAUAAGUGCACAGGAUAUAACAGUCCGGAUGCCUCUGAGAAGAAUGGAUGUAAUGUUUUUCGGAUUUGUAAUUACUCCUUUAAUUUAUGUAGACUGUUUUAUUUUGUCUGAAAUAAAGAGCAAUAAAGCGAACCUAUCUUAACUCUAAA